CGGUGUACAAGCCACGCGCUGAAACGCUCAUAUGUCAUAAGUGCACUGUCGUCAUCGUAUCUGCGUAACGGAAUUUAUACACAGGCCGAAGUAUCUUUGCAGUAUUACAGCGUUUUGUUUCAGGCAAAAAGAACGAAAGUACAUCUAUACGUUAGCGUAGGUUGGAAAGGGUCGUAUUGUCUUGAAGGCUAUGUCUGCCAUUACACCCAAAGAAGAGGUUCCAUGGCCAGUCAAUAAAGAUGAAUACGAUUUACAAGAAGUGAUUGGUCAUGGAGCCACUGCUGUGGUACAAGCAGCAUAUUGCAAGACUCGCAAUGAAAUGUGCGCAAUUAAACGUAUUUCAUUGGAGUCAACAAACCAAGAUGAGCUCUUGAAAGAGGUGCAGGCAAUGAGUCAAUGCAAACAUCCAAAUGUUGUUUAUUUCUACAAAGCAUUUGUUGUAAAGACAGAAGUCUGGCUGAUCAUGAAACUGCUGGGUCGAGGUUCAGUGUUGGAUGUAAUAAAACAUCGCACAGAAGCUGGUGAAAGCAAGACUGGAGUGCUAGAAGAAGCAAUCAUUGCCACCAUUUUAAGGGAUGUUUUAAAGGGCCUUGAGUACUUGCAUAAAAACGGACAAAUUCACAGGGAUGUCAAAGCUGGCAAUAUUCUGCUUGGUGACGAUGGAACUGUGAUGUUGGCCGAUCUAGGAGUGAGUACAUUUAUAUCGACGGGUGGGAACAUGUCACGUGAUAAAACUCGUCACACUUUUGUUGGAACUCCUUGCUGGAUGGCACCGGAAGUUAUGGAACAGGCAGCAAACGGAUAUGAUUUAAAAGCUGAUGUUUGGAGUUUUGGCAUCACAGCAAUUGAACUAGCUACAGGGAAAGCUCCAUAUCAUAGAUACCCAGCCAUGAAGGUUCUUAUCCUGACUUUACAAAACGAUCCACCAAGUCUUGACACAGGGGUGGAAAAUAAAAGUCUCACCAAGAAAUACAGCAAACAGUUUCGUAAAAUGAUUGAAUGUUGUCUACAGAAGGAUCCUGACAAAAGACCAACUGCUUCACAACUUCUUAAAGAUGCUUUUUUUAAGAAAGCUAAAAAUAAAGAAUAUUUGGUGGAACAUCUUUUAUCGACUGCUCCUACUUUAAAAGAUAGAUCCAAAACUCCAAAAAGAGUUCCUGGAUCAAGUGGAAGACUCCAUAAAGAUGAGGAUGGAGUUUGGGAGUGGAGUGAUGAUGAAUACGAAAGUGAUGAAAGUAACAAAAACUCAAACCAUUUGACGCUCCCUAACUCCACAUCCACGGACAAAAUAGAGACUCCUGCAACACAACCCAUUGCAUCCACUGGUGUGGUUGAUCCUCACAAACCUGAACCUCAAACCUCGGUCCCGGUUUCACCCAGCUCACCCACCCACCCCAGCUUCUACACUCCACCCACACUUGAGAGUCAAACAGCCCCAGUUGCCCCGCAGAACCAACAGGCCCCACAGAACCAGCAAGCCCCACCUGCUCAGAAUAAGCAACCAACAUCAACCACUCCACCACUGGUCACGGACAACACCAACAUGAAACCCAAACCAACCAAUCCCCCCCCAAAACUUAGUUUAGUACUACGGUUGAGAAAUGCACAAAAAGAGUUAAAUGACAUAAAGUUUGAGUUUGAACACGGACAAGACACUCCAGAUGGGAUUGCGCAAGAGCUGGUGAGCGCUGGAUUGGUGGAUGGGAUGGACAAAGUAAUAGUUGCAGCAAACCUGUCUAAACUGGUUUGUUCCACCUCUCAAUCUUCACUCACUUUCUGUCUCCACUCUGGCGCCCUCCAACCAAACCAACUUCCCGAUGAAAAAGCUUUGAUUGGUUUUGCCCAACUUAGUAUAUCAGAUGCUAACAAAUGACAGGGGUCCCAAUUCCCCUAACUAACUCACCACAAUUGAAUGGGUUCCAAGGUUGUAGAACUAGUUCAUCUACUUCUAUGUUCAAGACCUUCCAUAAAAUUCCCUCUGACAGGGAGCAGAACAUGACAAUUUUAAAAUUUUCUUUCAAAACUACAUGUAAAGUGUAUAUGGCAUAUCAAAUACUGGAUAACAUAGCAGCCAUGUACAUUUGUGCAGAGCCUUGCAGCUUUACAGGACAAGCUUUAACUCAGCCAUAAGGCAAAUGUACCCAAAGUAGAUACUUAAAAGCUUUAUUUAAAAUUUGUUUCUCUUUAUUAGAAAAAGCUUGGCGUGGUUUAAUAUUAUAAGUGUGCCUUCUAUCUGUGUAUUUCUGCUUCUACAUAAGUAUUUAAGCAUCUACAUGACCUGAAUACUCAAAAUGACUAACUCAUCCUAUGUAUUGCAAUGUUGAGACCCCUAUACAGUAACGCCAGAUAUAAGCACCGCUGAAAAUGGAAAAAGUUUAUUCUUUUUCUCUCGAAAUCUGUAACUGUGCAAUAUAGAGCCAACAGUCGUAUUGAACAUAGAGGUCUUAUCAAAACUAAUAUGCUAUCUCUAUGUUUAAAAUCACGUGCGUCCUUUCAGUUUCGAGAUCUACCGUCCAUGGUAGUUUGUUUUAAUUUUUCCACUUUUACCUUUGCUUUAUUUAAACAAAGACCAGCGGAGUGAUGCUUCUAAUUACACGCUUACAAUUUUGCCAUUGCGCAACAUUAGUUCCAUUGCUUGUCCUAAUUUAACACUACCGUGUAAAAAGUCCAAUGCUUACGUCAUUACAUUUGCAGAUGAUUCGAAUCUUUUUAUUCUUGCCGUUGCUAAUGGGCAGCUCUGGCGUUUGGCGUGUUGUUAAAUACGUGUGACCAUUGGUGUACCACCAUAUAAAUAGAAUAGGUCAUGCCUUUGGUUAACUGCUUAGUUUGUAUAAACUAUGCCGUAAUCAUUUAUAAAGAUUCUAACUGAAAACUGUCUACUCAUUGUAUACACAUCUAUAGAUAUAUAUAAUGAUUAAAUGUGAUAACUUACGUGGGUGGUUGUCGUACUACAGCACCGCUCUACCUACCACACGUUGCAGAAUAAUUAAAUCGUCCUUAAACUAAUGUGUCCAAACUAUGCAUAUACAAAAAAAAUAAAAGCUUACAAGUUAA